AUGUUACGCAUCAGACUGCUGUCAGGGGAAGAGUUUGCCAAGGUGCCCGUGGAGGACCUAAGCGAUGUGAGGUCGCUGAAGCAGACUCUGCAUCAGCAGAAGGGCGCGCCCCCGCGAUUCAGACAAAGGCUUCUUCUUGAUGGCGCAAGCUUGGAUGACUCUACCAAGUUGGCGGGGCCCAUGGAUCUGCAAGUUGUGUUCCUCGACUUCUCUCCAGCUAGCCAGUCACAGGUGGACCAGCUUGCCGUGGCAGCCGCGUGCGAGUCUGUGGAGGAGGUGGAGAUUCUCCUCCAACGUCCGCAAGACCCAAAUCUGGCCGACAAGGAUGGCUCCAGGCCACUUAGCAAAGCCGCUUCUGGCGGCCGUGUGGAAGUCGUACGCUUGCUGCUAGAGGCCGGAGCGGACAAGGAUCUUGCCCGCAGCAAUGGGGCGACAGCUUUGAUGAUGGCCUCUGCCGCGGGCUCUGCUGAAGUCGUACGCUUGCUGCUGGAGGCCGGAGCGAGCAAGGACAAUGCCACCAACAAUGGCAUGACGGCUCUGAUGUUGGCAUCUGACCAGGGCCAUGCUGACGUCGUACGCUUGCUGCUAGAGGCCGGGGCGGACAAGGACUUUGCCGCCAGCGCCAGCACUGGUAGGACGGCUCUGAUGGAGGCCUCUGCCCGGGGCCAUGUUGAGGUCGUACGCCUGCUGCUAGCGGCCGGAGCGAACAAGGACCUUGCCAACAGCACGAACAGGACGGCUCUGGCGUACUCCUCUGCCCUUGGUCAUGUUCAGGUCGUACGCUUGCUGCUGGAGGCCGGAGCGGGCCAGGAUGAUGGCUCGCUGGCUCGGAUGCUGGCAUCUGCCGAGGGCCACGGUGAAGUCGUGAGCUUGCUGCUGGAGGCCGGAGUGGGACAAUGA